UGUUCGAAUCACAAAGCCAUGAAGAUGAAGUCUGGUUCCAUGGGGAAAGCAUCUCCUCCUUAUGGAUGUGCAGAUCGUGGAUGAAAAUGGUGAAAUCCUGCCUCCUGUAGAAGAAGGAGACAUUGCAAUCUGCAUUAAACCUACACAGCCUUUCUGUUUCUUCUCUGGUUAUCUGGAUAAUCCAGAGAAAACAAACUCAACCCAAUGGGGGGAUUUUUACGUUACGGGGGACCGAGACCACAUGGAUGAAGAGGGCUAUUUCUGGUUCCUGGGAAGAGCUGAUGAUGUCAUCGGCUCUGCUGGGUACCGGAUCUGCCCCUUCAAGGUGGAGAGUGCCCUGAUGGAACACCCGGCCGUGGUUGAAUCGGCCGUGGUCAGCAGCCCAGACCCCAUUAGAGGAGAGGUGGUAAAAGCAUACGUAGUCUUGGCUCCGGCUUUCACCUCCCGGGAUCCAGCAGAGCUCACUCGUGAACUUCAGGAGCACGUGAAACAACUGACCGCUCCAUACAAGUACCCCAGGAAGAUAGAGUUUGUUCAAGAGCUGCCAAAGACCAUUUCUGGAAAGAUCCGGAGGAACAAGCUGAGAAUAAAAGAAUGGGGAAAUCAGCCCCGCACAUAA